AUGGAACCUCGUAUCGGGAGUAAGUUCCGGCUUGGCCGGAAAAUUGGCAGCGGCUCAUUCGGAGAGAUUUACCUCGGAACUGAUGUCCAGACUAACGAAGAGGUCGCUAUUAAGCUGGAAAGUGUGAAGACUGCGCAUCCGCAAUUGUCAUAUGAGUCGAGGAUUUAUAGGGUUCUUCAAGGAGGGACUGGGAUUCCAAACAUGAAAUGGUACGGUGUUGAAGGAGACUACAAUGUUCUGGUGAUGGAUUUGCUUGGUCCAAGCCUUGAAGAUCUCUUUAGUUACUGCAACCGGAAAUUCACUUUGAAGACUGUUCUCAUGCUAGCUGAUCAAAUGCUGAAUCGUCUCGAGUUUAUACAUUCGAAGUCGUAUCUUCAUCGUGAUAUAAAGCCUGAUAAUUUCCUCAUGGGUUUGGGAAGGCGAGCCAAUCAGGUUUACAUUAUAGACUUUGGCUUGGCUAAGAAAUAUAGAGACAGCUCCACUCACCGACAUAUCCCAUACAGGGAGAAUAAAAGUCUAAUUGGGACUCCGAGGUAUGCCAGCUUGAACACUCACAUAGGAAUCGAGCAAAGUCGGAGGGAUGAUCUAGAAUCACUUGGAUAUAUCUUCAUGUACUUCCUCAUGGGAAUUCUCCCAUGGCAGGGGCUGAAAGCUGGGAACAAGAAACAGAAAUACGACAAGAUUAGUGAAAAGAAGGUUUCUACUUCCAUCGAAGCGUUAUGCAGAGGUCAUCCAACAGAGUUUGCAUCCUACUUCCAUUACUGUCGGUCGCUUAGGUUUGAUGAUAAGCCAGACUAUGCAUAUUUGAAGAGACUCUUCCGUAACCUUUUCAUCCGCGAAGGUUUUCAGUUUGAUUUUGUGUUUGACUGGACGGUUUUAAAGUAUCAGCAAUCACAAUCUAGAAACCCUUCUCCUCGUGCCAAUGAUGGUGGCGUUGGAACCAGUUCUCGACUUAACCCUGCGGUCAACAAUGCUGAGAAGCGUCCAGAUGUCCCAAAUCAGAGAACAAAUCCGGAUUUCACCCUAAAGCAGAAGACCAAGAACGUGAAUGAAUCUGCAAUUGCAAAGGACACGCUGAUACCUGGAUCCUUCCACUUGGGUCGGUCAGAAGGAUCAUCAUCAAGACGAGUUGUGGACUCAAGUAGUCGUGAGCCGUUCAGUGUUGGUGGGAGUGACAAUGCAAACUAUGAAUCCGCACUCAAAGGCGUUAAUGGCUUGCGGAUCAGUAACAGUGGAGGCGAUGAGACUGCACCAUCGCCGCAAUCAAAUGGAGACGAUGUUGUUACUAGUACUCGUGUAGAUUCCAAAACAAAGCUCUCAGACUGA